ACUCAACUGGCCAUUUUUAUUUGAAUAAUUAACUGCUGUCUUCUUUUGACUGUUGCAAUAAUAAGUCUCAGCUCUUUUGAUUGAAUUGUUAACAAUAAAUUGUUGCUCAAGCUCUAACCAGUAAAAGACUCACAUUAUGAGCAUUUUUUAAAAUCAUCCCUUUACUUAUCUACUUAGUAUACGAUCAGCAUAAAAUUGAUUAGUACAAGGAUUAUUCUGCAACUCACCAAAUGUUUUUCUAAGUCUUGACAUAACAUGUUUAACAAAAUAAUACUUAUAGCUAUUAAGCUAUUUAGAUCAAUGUCCUCCUCAGUUCUAAAAUUGUGUUAAAUUUUUCUUUAUAAGGUACAUUUGUAGUGUAUUUCUAGAUUUUGUUGGGCCUUUAUAUCUCUUUUUUUUUGCCCGUUAUUGGCCGUUUUCCUGCUAACAAGUUGCGCAUGCGCUUGUCUUGGCCCAGAGGCGCAACAUUUGCAGCCAGUUGCGAUUUGGCACGGCUCAGGCUCAACUUGACUCGUUGGGUUGCCCAAUGUGCGAGUACUUGCUAAAGCCAUUCGCAUUUUAAUCUUUCUAAACUAUUGGGCAAUACUUUUGGGGCAUCUGGAGGCCAGGCCAAUAUGCGAUUAUCUACUGCAGUUGCAGUUUGUUGCGGAUGGGAAACCGAAAUCAAAAAUUGCGGCAAUUUGAAGAAGCUAAACGUGGUUUUGUGGUCAUUAAUUGUGCCUGCUGCUGUUGUUGUUGUUGUUGUUGUUGUCGUUGGAAGGUGCUUUGUUGUAUUUAAUGGACUGGGAAAUUAGGCAGGGGAAAAAAUGCGCGUAAUUGAAGAAGCAGCCGUGAACUGGCAUCGAGCGGCGGCUGAGUCGAACCAAGUCGAGUGACAACUUUCAAAUGGAAAUGAAUUAUUGGCAGCACUUUCAUUUUGUGGCACAUUUGCAAUCCGAUUUCCUUUCCCAAUACAUUUUGCAGGAGACACGACCGAAAUUUAUCCGAAGCCAAAAACCAAACAACUUUGACUUGAGCCCUCCCGAAAUUGGAUUUGGAUCUGCCGCUGAUUCCUUGUGAUCGCUCUGACAUUAGCAAAUGCGGCACAAGAGUCGACGCGACGUCUGCUUUGAGAGACAAUAGCAAUUACACCCAGACUACAGACGCGCAGCGAUUGCUUAUGUAAUCUUUGCCAGCAGCCAGUCAGACAGCAAUUGACAUUUGGAGCUAAGACGAGGGCGCAACAAAAAAAAAAUAAAACAAAAAAGUUAAACCUCGCUAGCUGCUGAUCAUGGACGGACACAAGCCGCUUGAAGAUGCCGCUGGCUUGGCUAAUAAUGAGGCAUCAUCAACAGCAGGCAGCGUCAACGGGAACGGUCUGCGUCGUCAGCCGACCAAAUAUCCGCACGGCCUCAAUAUAACUGUGCAGACCAUCGAUGAUGCCAAGGCUGAUGACUACUCCCGCGCCUCCACAUUAAGGAGCAGCAGCAGCGGCAGCGAUGCCGAGUCCUGCUGGACCGACACCCAGAAGUAUCGCAUCGGCAUGCUGGGCAGUCCCGAGACGCUGGCUGAGCUCCAGGUGCGACGCUAUAAGUAUCCCCUGACGGCCAACUAUUAUCUGAACCGGGCAGCUCCCUCCGCUGGCCAGCAGCAGCACGAGAAGCCCACGCCCCUGAUGCUGUUGGGCUAUGCCAGGCGCGCCUGCCGCUGGAAGUAUCUGCGCUGGCCCAUCAUCUUUGUGGCCAGCGUGCUGCUCUUCUUCGGACUGAUCACCUACUGCCUCUGGCUGCACGACGUCAGCGUCGCCCGAGCUCGUUUCCUGCAGCGGCGCUACGAGGCGACCAGCUCUAGCUCGACCACAGAGUGGGAGGGCCUACUCGAUGAGGAGACCACGGAGGUGUUGGCAGCUACCACAGCGAAUUCCAAUGUUAUGCAAGAGUCAACGCGACUGAGAGCUAUCGAAAUAAACAGGGAGCACACGACAUCCAUGUCCGUCGCGGAGGCGGAGACGCCCACGGGAGACGAUGACUAUGAUGAUGUACUGCUGCCUGCAGACAGUAUUCGCUUCACCUCUGGCCACCAGAACAGCUUCGGCGUGCCCAUCGAACAGGAUAAACGAAUGCUGCAGCUACUCAAAGAUCUAUUGCCGAAACCACAGUCCACACCCCCCGCCAAUGUGCAUCUGUUGACCCGCGUGUCGCCGACUCUGCCACCGCCCUCGGGGGUCAGUGGCAGGCCGACUGAGGCGAUGACCACGACGCCAGCGAGCAGCAUUGGCAGCGGCUGCAUCUCAACGGCAUUGCCCAUGUGUCGCGGUGUUCUGGACUAUGAUCUGACCUACAACAAUGGGAAUGGAGCGCCACGGGACGCCGCCUCAAUGGAGGCCUAUGAGCAGCUCAUCAGCGCCAACUGUUCGGCACGUGCCGUAGAGUUUGUCUGCGCCGCGCUGGAGCCCGAGUGCCGGCCCUUGCACAUUGGACAGCUGUCGCCGUGCAGGCGCAUUUGCAAAGCCAUACUGGAGGCCUGUUCCAUUGUGAUCGCGAACUCGGACCAGCUGAGUGAGCUGUUCGACUGCAGCCAAUAUCCGGAUGCCCAUGAGACGCACAAGUGUGAGGAUCCCACACGCAGACGUAACUUUUGCUAUGUCAAUGAGUUCCAGUGUCACGACGGGAGCUGCAUUCCGCAGCAGUGGCAGUGCGACAACAUCAAGGACUGUGCCGGCGGCGAGGACGAGGAUGAGCAGUGUCUGGUGUGCGAUCACGAGGAGUUUCGCUGCCGCUCCAAUGAGAAGUGCAUACCGGAGAAUCUGCGCUGUGAUCUCAACUAUGACUGCUUCGAUGCCAGUGACGAGGAGGAUUGCGACGAGUACGGCUCCGGCGAUGCGGCGCCCUUUGACGAGGCCGAGCUGAACGCCUUUCCGCGCAUUUUCUCCUACGCCAGCUUCCUGUCGCCAAACGAGACGAACGAAAAGCUAUACACUUACAUCACAGCCACCACGGAUGAGGAGGCCGGCACUGAGACCAAGUUCCAGGUGCAUCAGGUCGCAGCGCCCGCGCCAGCAGGGAAUGCCAGCUCAGAGGAGCCGGCAGCAGGUGGCGGGCCCAAGGGCUUUGUUAACUUUCGGGACAGCAAGGAGAUCAUGAUGACCAGCGAUUCGGAGAACAAGUUCAAGUAUUCCGCCCAACGUGCCAAUCGCACCACUAGCAAGUUCAGCAUAUCCACAGCCACGGUGCCCACCCGAACCGCCAGUGCGAUCCCACCCUCGGCUCUGGCACAGCAGCGCGAACGGGAGCGCAUCGCGAUCAGCAGCUCCAGCAGCAGCACGAGCACCACGUCGAGCACCAUGGCCACCCCCACCAGAGCACCAGGACGCUGUCUGCCCCACGAGUUGCGCUGCGUAAGUGGCAAGUGCAUAACCGUUGAUCAACUGUGCGAUAAGCAAAUAGACUGUCCGGAUGCGGCCGACGAGAUCAUGUGCGUCUAUCGCGAACGACCCAGCGUGCGCGGACUAACCACUACAACAACAAUGAAGACCACGCCCACCACAAUACUAACAACAACAACAGCACCAGCAAUAAUAACAACAACAACAACAACAGCAGCACCUACAACAACGCCGCCAAUGACCACAACGAGGCGUUCGGUGCGAACCAGCCCGAAUCGAAGUCGAAAGCCUAAGUCCUAGACAGCUAGGAUAUUAGCUGAUGUACAUUAUAUCAAAUCUUAUACUUAUAUUAAUAUUUAUAUAUAUCUUUCUCUUUUGUAUCUUUCGAAUGCGCGCUCGCUAUAUGUAUGAUAUAUUAUUGGCUAGAUCGUAAGUUGUUAGUAGAUUGUUUGACUAUUUUUAUGUACCAACUGCCAGACGUGUGUUUGGUACGUGUGUGUCUCGUAGCAAUAAUAAAGCUAAGAUAAUAGAUAA